GGAUUAGGCUAGGAGUCAGGGGAAUAGGGCAGAGAGAGAGAGUGUGUGAAGGAGGGGGUGGGAGGAGUGGUUUGUUCAUACUUAGUGGCUGUACAGUAUAUAUAACUCAGUGGUUUAGCAUGACAGUGCAGUGAAUGAGAAGAGCGUGAGCAAGAAAGGGAGACAGACUUUCUCUCUGUGUAUGAAUUACCGAGAAAGCAGCAGAAAAUAAUAUAAUCUUUUACAGGACUCGGUUUUUCUAUUGGAUUACAAACAAGAAGAGAGAUUUUCACAGAACACACAUACAAGGGUAGAAAUGAAGCUUCUAGCGGCCAUAGCAGUGGUGCUCCUCCUAGUGGUGGCGGAGAGUAUGGCGGCCAGAGGCGCAUCCAGGAGGACCAAGAGGGAGCUGAUGAGCCCGCUGCACAUGGGGGGAAUCAGGGACCCGUUUGGGUCGUACUGCGAGCGGAGAGGGGGCUGCUGCCCGGGCCGGGACGACCAGUGUACGGUGCCCUACCUGGACACCAUCUGUUACUGUGACCUGUUCUGUAACCGAACCAUCUCAGACUGCUGCCCUGACUUCUGGGGCCACUGUCUGGGCAUCUCACCCCCUUUCAUUGGCACUUGUGAAAGAAACAGCCACAAAUUCCUCUCAGGACAAACAUACAAAGAGAACUGCAACUUAUGUACGUGUGGAACAACUGGGCGUUGGGAGUGUGAGCAGCAUGCCUGUCUGAUAGAGAAUGACAUGAUCCAGGCUGUCAACAGAGGAAAUUAUGGCUGGCGGGCAGCAAACUACAGCCAGUUCUAUGGCAUGUCUCUGGAUGAAGGCCUGAGGUAUCGCCUGGGGACACAGAGGCCCUCCAGGACUAUCAUGAGCAUGAACGAGAUGCAGCUGAAUAUGGACCCUCAGAAUGAUCGUCUGCCUCAGUACUUCAACGCAGCAGAGAAGUGGCCUGGAAAGAUCCACGAACCUCUGGACCAGGGCAAUUGCGCUGCCUCCUGGGCCUUCUCCACUGCAGCGGUGGCAUCGGAUCGGAUCUCCAUCCAGUCGAUGGGUCACAUGACCCCUCAACUGUCGCCACAGAACCUAAUUUCCUGUGAUACACGCAACCAAGGGGGCUGUGCUGGAGGACGUAUCGACGGAGCCUGGUGGUACAUGAGACGCAUAGGUGUGGUGACAGAAGAGUGCUACCCGUUCUCUGCCCCCCAGCAGACACCAGCAGAGGUGGGCCGCUGUAUGAUGCAGAGUCGCUCUGUGGGCCGUGGGAAGAGACAGGCUACUGCACGCUGCCCCAGCACACACACCUACCACAAUGACAUCUACCAGUCUACACCUCCCUACAGGCUCUCAUCAAACGAGAAGGAGAUCAUGAAGGAGAUUAUGGAUAACGGCCCAGUGCAAGCCAUCCUGGAGGUCCAUGAGGACUUCUUCGUCUAUAAGAGUGGAAUCUACAAACACACAGACGUCAGCUUCACCAAACCACCACAGUACCGCAAACACAACACACACUCCGUCAGAAUCACAGGGUGGGGAGAGGAGAGGAACUAUGAUGGGACAACAAAGAAGUUCUGGAUUGCUGCCAACUCGUGGGGGAAAAACUGGGGGGAGAACGGCUACUUCCGUAUCGCUCGCGGUGAGAACGAGUGUGAGAUUGAGGCAUUCGUGAUCGGCGCGUGGGGUAGGGUCACUAUGGAAGACAUGCAGAGCCACCAUCACCGCCGACGCAAGUAGAGACAUACACUCCAGGAACCCAGCACCCUCUUCCCCUACCCUGCGGGAGCAACUCAACUAGUCCCAGAGUGCCUACCCUUCAGCCCAUACCCUCUUCCCCUCCCUACCCUGGGGGAGCAACCCAACCAGCCCAUGAGGCCCUGCUCUUACUCCCUUACCCCCACGCUAAAAUGUGGGGGAACAACUCAACCAGUUCCCACUCUGACCUUUGGGGGAACCAAUAACAACUACCCCAAGAACUCCAACUCUUAACCCCUUACCCCCUUGCACCCACCUCCCCUUACAGCAGCCUAGGGGUUUUGAAACCCCCCAACCCAACUCAAGGUUGAUGGCACCAAAACAAGCUCCAGGCCUGCAGGCUGAGAGAGGCUUCUCCAUACAGCCUCCUCUGGCUUCAGGACACAGCAAUAAGCACCUCAGGACUCAUUAUUCCAAAGACCAUCCUUCCCAGACUCCUCGGCUUCGGCCUGGCAUAGACUGUCUACUUCCUACUUCUGUUCAAGUCUUCACUUCCACUGCUAUAAUGAUGAAAGAACUGUCUUGAUCUGAACUCUCUCACUCUCCUCUUUCUCAUUGUGUAGCUCUCCAUUUGGCUGCCAUGACAGGUGGCUAUCCAUUUGGCUGCCAUGACAGGUGGCUAUCCAUUUGGCUGCCAUGACAGGUGGCUAUCCAUUUGGCUGCCAUGACAGGUGGCUAUGUAUCUCUGGUCUUGGUUAACCCUCUCUCUGUGUUUCUCUGUUGUUGUGUAUUUUGAAAGCCAACCCCUUAGGGACAGAUUGGGAUGGAGAGAACCAGAGAGAUAGAGGGGUAAAUGAUACAGGCACCAGACUGGGCAGUUCCCACAACAAGAGAUGAGAGAAACUAACGAUCUACUACAGUUUAGUUUAACGUUAUCACUAACUCUUAGUCUAGCUACUUACAUCGCUGAUUAAUGUAUUCCUAUUACUGUCAGCAGAUCUAGUGCAGUUGCAGUAGCCAUGCAUAUCUUCACAUGUUCCAAAAAUGCAGAAUUUUACACUGGAAAGGGUGUUGGGCUAGAAGCUUGGUGGUAGGUGGGGUUGAGGGUUUAGUGAGCUGUCCGUUUGACCAAUAAUUCAUUUCCCCUCAUUUACCAAAAAUCGCUGUUUUAUUUUUAGGUUAAUUGCAUUGAAUGCACAGUACAGUAUUGAGUUUCAGCAAGCUCUGGAAGUGAAACUCAAUGCCAAAUUUCUCUUGAGUUUUCAGUACCACAUAAUCUAUCUGUUUAUGGAAGAGAUGGUGUCAAUCUUCCAAUGAUAACAAAUCAACCAUCAAAUCAACAGCUCUUGGCUGAAACCAACUGCUUGAACACAACUUUUCAUUAGAAAUAAUACUAGUGGAUCAGCCGUUUAUAAAUCUCCCUUAUUACUAUUUAUACAGUAUGUAUAAAAGCAGAGAUGAAGCAUGUAUAAUAUGUGUAGAUGUGAUUUGUAGCAAGCGAGGAGCUUAAAAAACAGCCUUUGAAAAACACAUACCGUUUAUUAAAUCAACUGGUUGAUAAAAUCAUAUCUUGGAAAAAUAUGAGAUCGAUUGAAAUAACAGUGUUGUCCUUUUGGUUUGAAGAAGGUGAAAUGGUCACCACCAGAUGAUGCCAGAGACAGAAGAGAAAGAGAGACACUUGAAUCCCUCAUUUUUUUCUGAUCGGGGUGGAGCCACUUUGGGCUACUUAUUGGCCCGUCUCACUUUUUCUGGUUGGGUGGGUGGGACGAGCAAGAGUGGACACUAAGUAGACCAGAGCCAGCUCUUCCCUCUCUCACUUGAGCAUGCCAGACAUUAUGGAGAAGCUGUGAGCUCACACAGGAAAGCAUGUUCAUGACACAUUUUUUUCAAUGGUAAACAGCUUGAGGAAACCAUCUUAGUUAUCCACUAUCUUUGAUGAUGCUUCAACAUGACAACCUUAUGGGUUAUCAAAUGCCUUAAUGAAAUAAGUGCUGUUUUUUUGAGGGCCUCUGGUUGAAAGAUUAGACCCAUUGUGUAUUAUAGUCUUAAUUUCUUUCAUUCGGUGUAUUUACAUUUUAGUCAUUUAGAAGACACUCUUAUCCAGAGCAACUUACAGGAGCAAUUAGGGUUAGGUGCCUUGCUCAAGGGCACACUGGCAGGUUUGUCACUUUCGUCGUGUCGGGGAUUUGAACCAGCAACCUUUCGGGUUACUGCCCAAUGCUCUUAAGCACUAGGCUACCUGUACACAGUGUUAUGGUUUUGCUGAAAAUAUUCUUAUUGUUGCUGUUGUGUAUUAGUUGCUUUGAGAGGUGUUUGUCUCACACACAAACUCCCCCCUCCCCUGACCAGUUGCUUUAAAGCAGGGGUGUCAAACCCAUUCCAUAAGAGGCCAUACUGUCUGCUGGUUUUUGUUUUAUUUCAAUAAAGACCUAGACGACCAGGUGAUGGGAGUUCCUUACUAAUUAGUAAACUUAAUGAAUCACUCAAGUACAAGGGAGGAGCGAAAACCUGCAGACAAUCAGCCCUCUGUGGAAUGAGUUUGGCACAUGUGCUUUAAAGGGUGCUCAGGAGGUGCAUAUUAUUCUUCUGCAAGGUGAACACGCACAAAUCAAAAGGUGAGGAGGAGGUCGCACUCAGCUGCCAAAGUCUGUUCAAUGCUGUUUCAUUGUAGUAUUUUUGUCAGUUUGAUGGUAUAAGCCUAAUAUCUUAGACACCACAUGCCACUAACACUUCAGUAUUUAGCAAUAGGCAUGUGUAGGCAUACAACAGACUCAUUGUGACAUUUCAAAGGUUGUGCGUCUCCCCAAAAAUGUUAAGUAGGUAGCUCAAGACUCAACUGAAGCCAGUGAACACACAGAUUCUGAUAUACUGAUUUAACUUGAUAUAACUGCCUUAUGUAAUGUUGCCUAGGUGCUCUUUUUAUACAGUCUCUCUAAUUUUGGCAAUUUUGUUCAAAUUUGAAAUAUAUUUUUGUCAUUCGUUUUCAAUGUAUCAGUUUCCAGAGGCGCCAACUGUCCUUUCAGAGACCACAUCAUAUACAGUCUCACUCCACAAUAAACUGCUUGGCUUCCCAGAA